GCUGAUUGCGACGAAGCCAAGUUAUAGGGGUCUGGUUGCACUGCGUUGCAAAGAUAUAUUAGAUUAACUAGCAUACUCGGGGGGUCGCUCCCCCACACGUGUUGGGUAGGCCCGAACCCACGGUUAUGGCCAUCUAUACCAAUGAGAGCAAAGGAUCCUCAUAUAGCACACAUAACGUCCAGACUCGCGAUAUAGGUAUAGAGCAACCUUGGAAAGUUCCGUCUUCCAGUCUCCGUGGUAGAAUGACCUGAACCCGCGCCUCUUCGGAGGAUAACUACCGAGCACGCAUCAUGAUCACCCUUAACGGGCCUGGUUCCUGAUUGCACGUGUGGUAGGGUGCUAAUACUCCCAAUGGCCGGCCGAUAUAAGAAGAGGCAGGUCCUCUCCUUGGCCAUGUCUCUCCUCUUGUUUCCAUCACUCACGUUCCAACUCGACAAAUCAUCAUCAGGGUCAUAGCAAAAAUGAAGGCGGAUAUUGCGGCAAUUCUAUUGGCGGCGGGUGCUCUUGCUGCUCCGUCAGAGAAGACUCCUCGCAAGGCUGCAGCUGCCUGUUCGUCGGCCGUCAAGCUUGAUGCCAGCACCAAUGUCUGGACAAAGUACAAGCUGCACGCGAACACCUUCUACCGGAAGGAGGUUAAUGCCGCUGUUGAGGCCAUGACCGACUCCUCGUUGAAGAGCAAGGCUGCUAAGGUCGCUGAUGUCGGUAGCUUCCUCUGGCUCGACUCCAUUGCAAACAUCGCCAAGUUCGACGAUGCUAUCUCAGAUCUUCCUUGCGAGAACAUCCUCGGUCUCGUCAUCUACGACUUGCCCGGUCGUGAUUGCGCUGCCAAGGCCUCCAACGGCGAGCUUGCUUACAACGAGAUCUCCAAAUACAAGUCUCAGUACAUUGACCCCAUCGUCAAGAAGAUUAAGGCCAACCCCAACAGCGCCUUUGCCCUCAUCAUCGAGCCUGACUCUCUUCCCAACCUCGUCACCAACGCCGACUUGUCGACUUGCCAGGAAAGCAAGAGCGCCUACGAGGAGGGUGUUGCCUACGCUCUCAAGAACCUCAACCUCCCCAACGUCGUUAUGUACAUCGAUGCUGGUCAUGGAGGUUGGCUCGGCUGGGACGCCAAUCUGAAGCCCGGUGCCGAGGAGCUCGCCAAGGUGUACAAGAACGCUGGCAGCCCCAAGCAGGUCCGUGGUUUCGCCACUAACAUCGCUGGCUGGAACGCCUGGGACCUGAGCCCCGGCGAGUUCUCGACCGCCUCGGAUGCCAAGUACAACUCGUGCCAGAACGAGAAGACGUACGUGCAGAAGUUCGGCGCGGCACUCAAGACAGCAGGCCACCCGAACCACGCCAUCGUCGAUACAGGCCGCAACGCCGUGACGGGCCUGCGCGAGGAGUGGGGUAACUGGUGCAACGUUGACGGCGCCGGCUUCGGUGUGCGCCCAACGUCCUCGACUGGCGAUUCGCUCGCCGACGCCUUCGUUUGGGGCAAGCCCGGCGGUGAGUCCGACGGAACCAGUGACAGCAGCGCCACCCGCUACGACUCGUUCUGCGGCAAGCCCGACGCCUUCCAGCCCUCGCCCGAAGCUGGUGAGUGGAGCCAGACUUACUUCGAGAUGCUCCUCAAGAACGCCAAGCCCUCAUUCUAAGCGAAUUCCGAGUGAUUUGCUCGCUAGGGCUGCCGGGGAAAGGAGGUGGAGGGGAAGGUGAUUAUCCUUGAUGUUGUGUUGAGCUCCCCAUGGACGCGUCCAAUGAUGAGAAUAAACCCAAUGCCCUUUGCCCCAGUUAAAGACACACGCUGCGCUGGCGAGGGUAACAGACAUUGAAUGGUCUUCGGCUGUUGGAUCUGCUCCUCAAAUGCCAUGCUCUCUAUCCAAGUGUACAUAGCUUCCACAGUUCCUAAAAAAAUAUAUAUGUUACUUACUGAACGCUAACUAAAUCUGUUCAAUUAUGUUCCCACUCGGGCUACAAAUUACUUGUAAUGCCUGCUCUAGCACUUGGAACUACACCCCAAGUAUCAUGCACCGCCCAAUAUGAGAGUAGGUGUUCUGUUCUCAUCCGAGUUUAUCUCGCAACCCUUCAACAACAAGAAGCCCUCAAUUUAUAUCAUGGUAAUGUCGAAGUUGGUAAAAUCGGGCCGAUUUCGGGAUCGUUCGGAGAGCAAACCAGGGGUUGUUAUCAUUGAUUGCAUAUGCGCGUCAUUUGGCAUAUUCCAUAUAACCAAAUUUUUACU